AUGUCGCUCGACCUCGAGAGGCACCUCAUCUUUUAUGGCGCCUAUCACCACAACUCGGUCAACGUGGCCAUCCACAUGGUCUGCGUGCCCGCCAUCCUCGUGUCGGCCUUUUGCAUGGCCACAUAUUCCGGCACUCUGAUCCAGACGCCCCCCUGGCUCACCGUCCCCUACCUGGAUCUCAACCUCGGCACCAUCUUCGCCCUCGUCUACGCCUCUCUCUACGUCCUCUUGGAGCCUGUCGCGGGCUUCGUCCUCGCCGCCUUUUGCAUCGCCACCACGGCCGUUGCCAACCACAUGCGCUCCGAGGACCCCCGCGCCACCUUUCAGAUCGCCCUCGUCGUCCACGUCGUCAGCUGGAUCGCCCAGUUCAUCGGCCACGGCGCCUUUGAGGGCCGCGCCCCGGCUCUCCUCGACAACCUCAUCCAGGCCAUCUUCCUCGCUCCCAUGUUCGUCUGGCUCGAGGUCCUCUUCAAGCUCGGCUACCGCAAGGAGCUGCAGAACCGCGUCGAGAAGAGGGUCGAGGAGGAGGUUGCCAAGUUCAGGGCUCAGUCAAAGAACGGCAAGGCCCACUAG